AUGCAUACCUUUGAUAUUAGUGGAUGCGUAAGUAAAAGUAGGACUAAUAAACAUGAAUUAAUUGAACAUUUAGAUUAUGAUGAGCUUGAGCAUAACUAUCAGGGUAAUAAUUAUGAAGUUGAAACUAAACAAGUUCCUGCUGCUGCUGCUGCUGCUGCUGCUGCUACUACUACUACUACUACUACUACUACUACUACUACUACUACUACUACUACUACUACUACUACUACUACUACUACUACUACUACUACUACUACUACUACUACUACUACUACUACUACUACUACUACUACUACUACUACUACUACUACUACUACUACUACUACUACUACUACUACUACUACUACUACUACUACUACUACUACUACUACUACUACUACUACUACUACUACUACUACUACUACUACUACUACUACUACUACUACUACUACUACUACUACUACUACUACUACUACUACUACUACUACUACUACUACUACUACUACUACUACUACUACUACUACUACUACUACUACUACUACUACUACUACUACUACUACUACUACUACUACUACUACUACUACUACUACUACUACUACUACUACUACUACUACUACUACUACUACUACUACUACUACUACUACUACUACUACUACUACUACUACUACUACUACUACUACUAACAAUAAUAAUAAACUAUUACUGUUGCCAACCAUAUAA